AUGCCAGCGUACGAAGUCGAGCACGUCUGCAAACUGACUGACGACCAAAAAGACCAACUAGCUGAGGCAAUCACCAAAAUCCACAGCCAGCAGUUCUCAACUCCUAGACUCUUUGUCAAUGUCCGCAUAACCGACAUCUCAGACCAGCAAACAUAUGUAGCAGGAAAACAGUUCAAAAGCAAUCGCAUUUUCGCUUACGUGCGACAUGGUCCUUCACGCACGCAGUCUGACUACGAUGCCGUGAGCAAAGCCCUUGAAGAUGAAUGGGCGAGGAUAAUGCCAGGAACCGAGCUUCGACUGGUCAUGUUCUAUGGAGCGAUUGUCGCUGGUAUGGAAGCUGGAUUGUACUUGCCUCCUGCCGGACAGGAUGCCGCGUGGAUCAAGGAGAACUGGGAUACCUUUGUCAAGAAGGCAGAAGGUGGUGAUGAGCAUUUUGCUGACGUGGUAAAACAGUAUAGUUGA